AUGUCGCAGCCGAGCACACAAAAGACGUUCGGGAAGUCGACCCGGGAGGUCCCUCACCCUUCCCAGAAGGCCCAGAAGUGGUAUCCCGCCGACGAUGAUUCUAAGCCCAAGACUACCCGCAAGGCCCUCCGCCCCUGGGCACCGCGAAAGUCUCUACAGCCCGGUACCGUGCUCAUCCUCCUGGCCGGCCGCUUCCGAGGCAAGCGAGUCGUUCUCCUGAAGACCCUCGAGGAGGGCGUUCUCCUCGUUACUGGCCCCUUCAAGAUCAACGGUGUCCCCCUACGACGAGUCAACUCGCGAUACGUCAUCGCCACCUCCUACAAGAUCGACCUCGCCGGUUUAGAGCAGGCUAAGAUCGAUGAGGUCGCACAAGCCCAGUACUUCGCCCGGGACAAGGUAAAGGACAAGGCCAACGAGGACGCCUUCUUCAAGCAGGGCGAGAAGCCACAGAAGAAGGAGAUUAGCAGCAGCCGAGCAGCGGACCAGAAGACCAUUGACAAGGCCCUGAUCGCCAACAUCAAGAAGGUGGACCUGCUCGCCAGCUACCUUGCCAGUUCUUUCAGCCUCCGAAAGGGCGACAAGCCCCACGAGAUGCAGUGGUAG